AUGGCAGGAAAAGUUCACGGUUCAUUAGCUCGUGCUGGUAAAGUCAAGUCACAAACUCCAAAGGUUGAAAAACAAGAAAAGCCAAAGAAGCCUCAAGGUAGAGCUUACAUGAGAUUGUUGUACACCAGAAGAUUCGUCAACGUUACCUUGACCAACGGUAAGAGAAAGAUGAACGCUCAAUCAGCUUAA